AAGGAUUGUUAUAAAGACGCUGUUUAAAUUUAUUGCUUAUUGUUUGUUCUGCUUGAUUCAAAAUCAAUGACACAACUGUGUCAACAGAUUCUGGUUACAGGUGCUGCAGAUCAGUUAACUCAAUUUGGUAAUGAGCAUUUCUUCGACACAGUUGAAGGAUAUAUGAAGGAUAUAGGUUCUGUCUUAGAAUUAUUCAAAGCUUCAGAGAUAGUCUACCUGGAUGAUACAUUUUGGGGAGACAUACGGCUUAACAGGGCGACAUUGAAUGUCGCCUUAGAUGUUUCGACAGAAUUAUCCAAUGGCUCGGUUUGUGCGGAUAGAGUUGGUGUGUGCAUUAGACAGCAGGUGGAUUACGUUCUUGAGUUUCCCUACCAUGCAAAAGUGGAACGCUUUGCACACAGGAGAUAUGUGGAGCAGUACGGUGGAGAUUGUACAGGAGUUCUUAAAAACUUCAUUUUGGCUUCCAACAUGUGCCAGUCUAUACACCGUGAAGAACUCAAACAUCUUGAGAGGUGGGUCGUAGAGAAAAUAUUGGACAAGCUUAAGUUCGCGAGGCAGAGGGAGUUAUACUUCUCUGUUGCCGCAAUCCUCUUCUCGCCCGGACAAUCUGAUGCUUGCAUGUCAUGGGUGAAAAAUUGUGUGCUUGCAACUGUGGUUGAUGACUUAUUUGAUGUUGGAGGUUCUGAAGAGGAACUGUGGUUGGAUGUGCUCAAGGGUAUGUUACUGGAAGCUAUGUGGUUAAGAAACAACUCAGCGCCAACUCUGGAUGUAUAUAUGGCAACUGCUCACAAAACCUUGGUCUUAGGGCCAGUUGUUCUCCCAAUUCUAUAUUUUCUUGGGCAUAAGCUUUCGGAGGAGACAGUUUAAAGCCCUGAAUAUAAGAAUCUGUUUAAGCUUAUGGCCACUUAUGGACGUUUCCUCAAUGAUAUACAGAACUUGAAGGUAGAUUUCUUCUCUGUGGGAGAAAAUAUAAAAGCAAGAUUAAUUAGUUUCAUGUGUAAUGUUAUUGAUGAUUCAUAUUUUUUAUUGUAGAUGGAAUCAAAGGCAGGAAAACUGAAUGAUGGGUUCACUUCAAAUAGGAUGACUGAUUUUUGUCAAGACAAUGUUCUAUGAACCUAUAAAACUUUGAACAUUUU